AUGCUCUCGAGGCACCUCAGGACCCACCUCGUCCUCGCGCCGUCGACCUCGGUCGGCAAGAGCAUCUUCUCGACCGGCCUCGUCCGCGCAUCGCUCGCACUCGGCGAGAAGGUCGGCUACCUCAAGCCAGUCGGCACGGGCAGCGGCGAUGGAGACGACAGCUGUGCGCACCUGCAGCGCUUCGCCCCAGGCGCGAGGACGGCCUGCCUGUUCCACUUCGAUGAGCCUGUAUCGCCGCAUCUAGCCGUCGAGCGGGCAGCGCGCGGCGGCGGCCCGGUCACCAUGUCGGUCCCGACCGACGACGAGUUCGCCUCGGCUGUCGGACGGCACGCGCGCGACUUUGCGCUCGAGACGGCGGGUCAGAGGAGCAGCCUGUACAUCGAAUCGGCAGGAGGUGUUCAUUCGCCGACGCUUUCGGGCACCUCGCAGCUCGACGCGUUCCGGCCCCUCCUCCCGCCGACCAUCCUCGUCGCGUCAGCCGAGCUCGGCGGCAUCUCGACCACGAUCUCGGCAUACGAGUCGCUCCUCCUGCGCGGCUACGACGUCGACGCCGUCCUCGUCUUCCGCGAGGCGUACUACGCCAACCACGAGUACUUCGAGCGGUGGUUCAACGAGCGCGGCAUCCGGGUCGGUGUCGUCGACCACCCGCCGCAGCAGGUCCCGUCCGCCGAGGAGGACGCCGCCAACCUCGAGGCGUACUACGCCCAGAUCGCCGACACGCCGCUCCAACGCGUCGUCCAGCGCCUGCAGCAGAUCCACAUCGACCGCAUGUCCAACCUCGCCACCGCUCCUCGGCGCACGCUCGACUCGGUAUGGUGGCCGUUCGUCCAGCACGGCCUCGUCAAGAACGAGUCGGACGUCAUGGUCAUCGACUCGGCGCACGGCGACCACUUCAGCGUCUUCUCGACAAGCUCCCCACCUCCCCUUCUCUCCCCCAUCUUCGACGGCUCCGCGUCGUGGUGGACCCAGUGCCUCGGCCACGCCAAUCCCGAGUUGACGCUCGCCGCCGCCCACGCCGCCGGCCGGUUCGGCCACGUCAUGUUCCCGACGGCGACCAACCUCCCGGCGCUCACCCUCGUCGAGAAGCUCCUCGCCUCGGUCGGCCAGGGCUGGGCGAGCCGCGUCUUCUACUCGGACGACGGCAGCACGGGCAUGGAGGUUGCGCUCAAGAUGGCGCUGCGCGCGUUCGCCGACCGCGAGCAGCUCCUCCCCGCCGAGGGCCGCAAGCUCGCCGUCCUCGGCCUCAAGGGCAGCUACCACGGCGACACCAUCGGCGCCAUGGACGCCUGCGAGGGCGGCGUCUACAGCGAGCGCGUCGAGUGGUACGAGGGCCGCGGGCACUGGCUCGCGGCGCCCGAGGUCCGCAUCGAGCAGGGCGAGGUUGUCGUUCGAGGCGGCGCCGACGGCGGCGAGGUGGCGCGGUACCAGAGCUUGACGCAGCUUUACGACGUCGACGGCCGGGUCCAACACGACCCGCUCGCGCAGACGUACCGCGAGCAGAUCGAGCGCGAGCUCGAGGCCCGCAUCGCCAAGGGCGACGGCAUCCGCUUCGGCGCACUCGUCCUCGAGCCCGUCGUCAUGGGCGCCGGCGGCAUGAUCUUUGUCGACCCGCUGUACCAGCACGUCCUCGUCGACCUCGUCCGCUCGAACCGCACCCUCUUCCCCGCCACCUCUCGCGCCGGCGCGCCGUCGACCUCACCGAUCGACUCGACGCCCGUCUGGCAGGGUCUCCCCGUCAUCUUCGACGAGGUCUUUGUCGGCCUGCACCGCCUCGGGCGCGUCACCGCGUCGACCUUCCUCGGCUCGACGACCAGGCCCGACAUCGCCUGCUACGCCAAGAUCCUCACGGGCGGCCUCGUCCCCAUGGCGGUCACGCUCGCGAGCGACGCCAUCUUCCAGGCCUUCUGGGGCGACAAGAAGGUCGACGCGCUCCUCCACGGCCACUCGUACACGGCGCACGCCGUCGGUUGCGGCAUCGCCAACAAGACGCUCGACAUCCUCACGCGCAUGGACCGGCGCGGCGAGUGGAACGACGCCAAGUUCGACUGGAUCCAGCAUGCGUCCAACCCGGGCCGCCAGUCGCUCGGCCCGCCGCCGGCCUCUCCGAGCCCGACCGAGCUCGCUUGGUCCUUCUGGUCGGCCGACUUUGUCCGCGACGUGUCGGCGCAUCCGGCGGUCGAGGGCGUCAUGGCGCUUGGCUGCGUCCUCGCCAUCCACCUGCGGGCCGCCGACGGGUCAGGCUACCAGUCGACGGCGUCCGAGGCGAUCCUGCGCCAGCUCCGGUUCGGCACGCCGCACGACGACGCGAUCGCCUCGAGCGGCGCCUCGUUCCAGAUCCACGCUCGCCCUCUCGGCAACGUCGUCUACUUCAUGUCGUCGCUCAACUCGAAACCGGCGACGCUUCGCGCCGUCGAGGCGAGCAUCAAGGCGGCGCUCGACGUCAAGGCGCAGUAGAUGCCGCAGCAGUUAGACUCUCUCCCUCUCUAUCUCUCUGUCUCUCGCAUUUGCAAUAUCAGGCCCGGUCGAAAGUGUG